AUGUGGAUGUUUCACGGUGCCGAAGACUCAAAGUGCGUGUUCUCCAACUGGAGCGUGUGGCGCGCGUGCCACGCGGCCGCGGUGAUGUGUCUGUUGUGUUCGCCCGUCAGGACAGACGGCGUCUGCCCGCCGUCCUGCGUCUGCGCCACGGACUCGGGCACGGUGACCUGCCGCGACGGGGAGGAAACCGAGGUGCCGGGCGACAUCCCGGAGUGGACCUCCACCCUGGUCCUCCAGGGCAGAAACAUCUCCACCCUGAGGCGCGGCGCGUUCAUGACCAACGGCACCGAGCUGGACGUGGCCACGCUGUCGCUGUCCGAUAACGGGAUACGAGAAAUCGAGCCUUACGCCUUCCUGGGGCUUCCCCGGCUGCACCUGCUGGACCUGAGCCACAACCGGCUGGAGUCUGUCUCGUCCAGAGCUUUCCACGGACUGCCGGAGCUGCGCUCUCUCCUCCUGAACUGCUGCCUGUCGCCCGCGGCCACGGCGCAGCUCCCACACGCGCUCAGCGCGCAAAGUUUGCGCAACCUGCACAGACUGGAGUUGGCCGGAAACCAGUUGAUCUCCAUACCUUUGGAGAGGUUAGAUAUAUACAACCUGCACGCGCUGGUGCUGGUGAAUAACUCGAUCGAGAGCAUCGGGAGGGAGAACGUCAGCAGUCUGUACCAGCAGAGGCGCCUGCGCGUCUAUUUGUCUUUAAAUCCAUUUAGAUGCACGUGCGAACUGGAGGCGUUUUACUACUGGUUGAAGAACUCGUCCCAGUGUCCGGACGCAGGGCGCCUCGUGUGCAGCGAGCCGGAGGCCAGGAGGGGGGUCUCGGUGGAGAAGCUCCGGGGGGAGGACGUGGACUGCAUGAAUGAGAACCUGGAGGCGGUCUCCUACGUCUUCCUGGGUAUCGUGCUGGCUCUGAUCGGCGUGGUGUUUCUCAUGGUGCUCUAUCUCAAUCGAGGGGGCAUCAAAAAGUGGCUCAACAACAUCAGGGAGGCCUGCAGGGACCAGAUGGAGGUCUACCACUACCGGUACGAGCAGGAUUCAGACCCCAGACUGGCCAACGUGGCUGUGUGAGCAGUCACAGACUUUUGGCCUGAGAGCUGCAC